ACUUGGUGAAGUUCAAGGGAACUCGAAGAGUCGCUUCCUAUUGUCCAUAUCAUUUCUAAUAUACACUUGCUCUAAGGGUCCAUAGUGUUCACCUUCAAUCCCCACCACCCAACCCGGCCCCUACUCCAGUUCUCCUUUAUACCACAUGAAGCAUAUCCCUGCUACCAUUUCUUGAACUAAAAUCCCAUCAUUUGUUUUUAUUUUUUAUUUUUUUAUGGAUUUCGAAAUUUCUUGGGAUAUUGCCUAGGAUUUCUUGGUCCAUAAAAGAUAAAAGGAUAAGGCUUUGAAGACUCGAGGUUCUUAUUACAGAAAGGAAGUUUAGAUUUGACAAUUGGAGAAGAAACCAUGGUGGAAGAAGAAAGGCCUGAUUUGAUCAGCAACUUACCAGAAGGAAUUCUACAGCUGAUUAUUUCAAUGAUCCCAUUCAAGGAGGCAAUUCAAAAAAUCAUCCUUUCAACUGAAUGGAGGAGCCUAAUGAAUCCACUUCAAGUAAACUUAGAAUUUGAUUGGAUUCAAUCAACUAAUAUUGAAUCCAGGGAGAAAAUCAAGAAAUCAAUUGGAUCAUUCUUGAAAUCUUGUGAAAAUAGUCCUCAGACAUUGAAACUCUAUCUUCAGUCUACAGAGGGAAAUGAUGAUAAACUCUUUGGUAUUUGUGCUAAAGGAUCACAUGGAGAAUUUCAUCUUGAUUUCUCAGUGCAAAAAAAGAAAGUUCCAUAUAACUUCGAUCUGAUUCUUGAACCGGAGUUUUCGAGUUUUUCUUCUAUUAGAAAGCUGCAUCUUAGAUCUGUCUCCCAUUUUGUGGGAAAUCUUGUCGUUGAUUUGUUCGCAGGUUGUCAAUUUCUCGAAACCUUGAGUCUCGAAAAAUGCGUUGGAUUGCAGAACAUCAACAUCAGAUCACAUUACUCUCUUAAGAAGUUGGUUAUAGUUGAUUGUCCUAACAUCAUCAGCAUUACACUUUCUGCACCAAAUCUUGAAUCAUUUUCAUAUCAGGGAGUUCUUUCGAUUAUUCAGCUGAAUUACAUUCAACAUUUGGUCGAUUUUACACUAAAUCUGAGGGAUGGUUUAGGCCAUAACAAUUUUGAAUCUGAGGAUGUCAUAUCUCUUAUCUCCUCUCUCAGAAGUGUUGAAAUUCUUACCAUAAGUGGUUGGUUCAUUGAGUUAUUAUGUUCUGCAGGAGUGAUAUUUGAAAGACUAGGUUUCCUAUUUGACAAGCUUAAGGAAUUAUACAUUAUUGAUCCAAAAAUAAGCCAAAAAACACGCAAUUCAUUUGCUUGUUUCUUGAACAUCACACCUUUCUUGGAAAAGCUUUUUGUGGAACAGGUUGAUGAGAAAUCCAGCCCAGUCGAGUGUCCAUUCAUUUACCAGUAUUGGCAUGAGCCUCACUUAUGUAUGGAUUAUGCAACAGUGAAAUGUACAGCUUCUCAACUUAAGUACUUAAAGUUCAUCAAGCUUAUCGGAUUCAAAAGCGAAUCAGAUCAUAUAUUGUUAAUGGAUCUUCUGCUUCAUAAGGCUGUUAAUCUUAAGCAGAUGAUUCUUACCUCAUCAGAUAGGGAUUCAUGGACGGUUGCAAAAAUUCCUCAGACUCAACUAAAAUUCUACAGCAAAAGGCGGUAUACUGUGAUUUCCUGUCCAAAUACUGAUGUGUCUAUAGUACUAAUAGAUGCCAGAGAUGAGGCUUAUAAACCGAAAGUGUACCAAUGUAUGCAGUAUUGAAGAGCACUCUAUAAUAAACAAAAUUUUAGCCCUUUUUUUCCUUCAUAAUUCUGUCAAGUACUGUUUCAUUUCU